UGCAGGAAGUUAACCCUUCACGUUGAAGCCCAUGCGUACUGUCACGUUGGCAAGUGAUCGCAUCCCCAAGUGGAGACUGAACUCUCAAUUUCCCCUGCAAAGUGACAGAAAUACACAAACUUCAUUGAACAACAAUGGGAGGACAAACAAAAGCUAAAAAGAAAAAUCAGUCUAAAAGAAAAGACAGCAGACCACAUGGAGGUGCCAUGAUGUCAACACAGGAGAGAAUGAAAGCCAAGAUGCAGGAAAAGGCUAAGAAGAAAACAGCUAAAAAAUAUACUGUUGACCAGUUAUUGGAAAAGACUGACGAGUGUAUAGACAACUUUGACUUUGCCAUGGCUAGGCUGUUUUGUCAGCGAGCGCUUGACAUUGAGCCUACUAACCUGACCAUCCUGGAUAUGCUGGGGAACAUCCACGCUGAGCUAGGAGAUAUCGAGGAAGCCAAACAGGUGUUCCUGAAGGCCGUGGAGCUCAGUCCAGAGGAGGGCCACAGUAAAUACAUGUACCUGGGGCAGAUUCAUACUGACAUGGAGGCUGUACAAUACUUCAGUAAAGGAAUCGAAAUCAUGCUCAACACCAUGGACAAACAGGCCAUUGAGGCUAAUGCAUUGGGAGCAGCUGCAUUCCCCUCUGAGGGUGCUGUCACAAACAAGGAUGUGUCUGUGGCCUUCUGUUCCAUCGCUGAGAUCUUCUUCACUGAUCUAUGCAUGGAGGAGGGUGCCGCUGAUCGCUGUAAGGAGGCCAUCAACAAAGCUCUACAGUACAAUGAACACAACCCUGAAGCACUGCAGCUCAUGGCCAGCUACCUGUUCAGCAUUGAGAAAACAGAGGAGGGACGUGAGUACCUGAAGAAGAGUGUGUUGUUAUGGUUACCUAGUCUACAGAAAAAGGAAGAGUCAUCAUCAAGAGGAGACCAUGAUAUGCAAGAGGAAGAUCAGACUAAGAACAACAUCCCGCCUUUUGAAACUAGAAUAACAACAGCCAAACUGCUAAUUGAGGCCGAGGAGUUAGAGAUGGCCACAGAGGUGCUUGAGGAUCUUUUAGAAGAGGAUGAUGAGGUUGUGCAGGUGUGGUAUCUUUUGGGGUGGCUGUUUUAUUUGCAACUCAACAAACAAGACUUGACAAACAACCCGGUGAACUUCAGAAAAUCAGCCUUAACCUAUCUUAUUAAGGCCAAAAAGUUGUACGUGAAGCUACGUUGUGAGGACGCGCCUAUGUUUGAGCACACAGAGCAACUGUUAGCCGAGCUGGGUGGAGAAGGGUAUGAAGCUGGGGUUGAUGAUGAUGAUGAUGAAGCUGGACCUUCUCUAGAGGACAUUGAGGAUGAUUUUAUUCAAAGCAGUGAUGAAGAGGAGGAUGCCAUGGAUCACUGACGGAACACUUUUCACUCUUGUUUGUUUUUUGGUCUUCUCUGGGCUCGCCCCCAUUAAAAAUGUCCCAGAACUGGAAUAUAAAUGUAUCCAAUAGAAAUUAAAACUGAGCAUGCAGAUGGCUGCAUCUUCACACACUCAUCCAGAAAUACUCCAGUAUUUCUCUCUGACACAAUUACUCUUUUCCUUCUCCAUUUUACUCUAGUUUGUCUGUGGAAAGCUGGAAUGUAUUUUCCAUUUGCCCAAGUUUUUUCAUACUGAGGGUCCAAACCAACAGGACAGUACAUCUGUCACAAUGCUCUAAACAUUGAUUAAGUGUUGAUGGUGUUUCAUAAUAUUUUUACUGUUUUAUCAGUCAAACCAUUAUCAAAUGCUGCAAAAAUGUUAACAAUGUCAGAAAUAAAAAAUACAAAUUUACAUUGAUUUAAAUGAGAAUUCCGUGAGGGAUUCAUGUUUUCCAGUCAAAUAGUUAAAUGCCCAGAUACUGUACAUGCUUAUGUUCUUCUUCAAAUAAAGAUGAUGAUGAUGUCAAAA